UGAUUUGCAGGUGUUUUGCGUUUGGACUGUACUGGUCAUUCUUCUCUCCAUCACAACACUUUGUCUUGAGACAGUCUCUAGUUUAACAGAAGCCAUUGGGCCUCCUGAACUCUCUAUAAUUACUGGAAUUCCGGAAGAUGUUCUCCGUAAGAACUACACCAAGGUCAUCGCCACAAAGCUUCCUGGGGAGUACAAUAAAACAGAAGGAAUAUCUUGGUGGAUUACUGAUCCGAUUGAUUCAAAAAACUCCAAAAAGAUUAUACAUCUCGGAGAAGAUUUUCAUGUUCCAAAUCAUUUUCUUGUCUACAUUGAUUAUGUUUUGUUCGCUUACUUUAGCUUGGAACUCAUUACUAGGUUUAUAUUUUCACCACACAAGGGGCGUUUCUUGUUGAGUUUUUACACAAUCUGUGACAUCAUUGCCCUGACACCAGGGGUCAUCAUAUACAUAACAAAUGCUGUCAAUCCCGAGAACAUGUUCAAAACAUCCAUGCUUGAUAUUGUCCGCGCAUUGGCUACGGCCAGAAUUCUAAGGAUAUGA